AUGGAUUCGCCGUGGGAGGCACGGAAGCGGUCGGCGCAGGCCGAAAACGAGGUCGAGGAGCCGCAGCCAACGCAGGCCGAAAACGCGGUCAAGGAGCCGCAGCCAACGCAGGCCGAAAACGCGGUCAAAGAGCCGCAGUCAACUCAGGCCGACAUCACGUCAAACAACGCGGCCGCUGAGGCGCGACGCCUCGCGGAAUGGCACCGGCGGGAGGACGCCCUGGCGCUGGCCAAGAGGCUGAAGGCCACCCAGGAGGCCGAAAAGGCGGCUCAAGAAGCGGAGCGCCACAAACGAGACGUCGCGCACCAGUGGCGCGAUGAGGAGGAGGCGGAGUGCCCACCAGCGCCGAAGGCGGCUCGAGUCCAGUCGCCUGAAGAGUGGCAGGAGAGGCUUCGACGAGCCGAGGAGGAGGAGGAAGAGCUCUGGCAGCCACCCCCUGAACACGUCGAGUCCGAGGAGGAGCCGCGGCCGCAGGCCCCACCGUCACCGGGGGCAGAGGAAGAGCUGUUCCAGCGUCGGCCGCCGGCUGACAACGCGCCCAGCCAAGGGGCCCAGCAGCAGCAGCAGCAGCACUGGCACGGUCCGCAGGGUGCCGCCAUCGGGCCGUUCGUCUCACAGGAGGUGCGCUCCGCGGUGCGAGACGGCAUGAUGUCCACCGAGCGGCAGGAGCUUGCGCCUUACUGCCCAAGUGGUACUCUGUAG